ACUACGCGGACAACCAAAGCCACCAAACCGAGCUGGAACAGUCCUUCCGUUUCGUGUUCCGGGUGGCUCAAUUAUUCGGCUCAGCACCAUAUUUGAGUGAAAGCCCUUACUCGGUAGCACCUCCAAAUCGAAACAAAAUUAGGGAAGGAUGCUUCAAAGUGCUGCUCGCGGUUUGGGUAUCACUUCUGUACUUUGCCCAUUGGUUCUGUGCGGUGCGAAUUACUAAGGUUCUGCUGAGAAAGGAUCUCCCGGUGUUUACUUUUAUCUUGUACAAUAUGGAGAUGGUCACGUCUCUGAUGAACCUUUCGUUGAUAUUUUUUGGAUGUCGGUAUCUAUCCGCUAAGUACGAGGAAUUUUGGAACAGAACUCUUGAUCUCACCUCUGACUUGAAGCCUUUUGGAGGAGAUUUGAUCUAUCAAAGUCCGGCCCGACAACAUAAGGCAAUCGUCAGCGUAACAACGGUCCUGUUUCUCGUAGCUACAUUCUGUGAUUUUAGUAGCACUGCAACGCCCAUCGAUAGCUUGAUAUCAGCUGGAGCGUACAUUCUACCACAUUGGGUCCUCGUAAUCGCCUUAACCCAGUACAACUUUUUAGUAAGUUUGAUCCGAGAAGUUUUAAAGUGUGCCAAUGACGCAGUGAAAAGCAUAACCUUCAAUCAAAGUGCAAUUGGACCAAACUUACGUUUGCUUGCAAUGCUGCAUCGGAAAAUUGUUACCAUAAACUACCUAGUGUACGACAUAAGCAAAGUGUUUGGAUACUUGUUCCUGAGUGCAGUUAUAUCAAUGAUUUGUGUAACCAGCGUUCAGUUGCUGGAAGCUUACCAGUUCAGUCGACGCAGUCGAAUUUCGUACCAGGAUGGAUUGUACUUUCUGUACACAAUGAUAUGGAUCACAAUGCAAUUUUCUCAAGCAAUGCUUUUUCUCCUUCCGAACGAUAUGGUAAAGUAUGAGAUGAACAUAAUAGGCCUAAAUCUUUGUCAACUUGAUCGUGCGCCGUUUAUGAAGCUUAUGGUAAAAUUUUCGGAUCUCAUACUUAUAGGAAAAGGACAUCUUUUUUCAGGUGGAAUGAUACAACUUGAUAGGACGAUUCUCGUUCCAAUCACUGGCGCAUUGACUACAUUCGUCGUUCUGAUGAUUCAGUACGAUAACGGAGGAUACCGAAUAUUGCAGAUUGAUUAAGAUUGAUGUUACACCACCAACUAAAUACGAUUAAUUAGAAUAAAGGAAGCAUAUCAGCCCUUUGCUUUGUUAUUUUUACUACAAUUUAUCUUAAUUAAUAUAAAACAACAAAUUCUAAAGUUUUCACUUUCACUUGCAGAAAUAACUUAUCUCUCCAAACCAACCAAACCCACAUC